AUGCCCAUGGCCCGAGGGGCUGAGGGGGCUUUGGAGGUUGUAGUGGACGACGAGAGCGCUGGGAGGAAAGCCAGGGGCUGGGUGGGCUACCAGGAUGGGAACCCCUCCACGGGAACCAUCCAGGCCCGGGCUGAGAAGCUGGGCUGGGCCCUCAGCCCGCCGCCCGCCGCCGCCGCCGCACGCCCAGCAGGGCGACCGCGGAGCCGCUCGACGCGCUCGAGAUGCAGAGCAGAGGCUCCGCGCAGCAGACCCUGCGCGCCGCCUGCUCCGGGUGCUGAAGGCGCGGGGACACCGCCGGGCGCCGCCGCGGAGCCAGCAGAGCCGGGAGCGCGUCCGCGUCCACGCAGUCGCCGGCCGCCCAGGGCUCCCCGCACGCCAGGACGUGGGAGGUGUUCGCGAGACAUGCGACCGGCCCGGAACCUCCUCAGCCUCCUCUUCCUCAUCCUCAUGGGCACGGAACUCACUCAAGUAGAUCACAGGAGAGAAGGCUCUGGAAUAAGCUUCCCAUUUUGCCUUGAAGCCCUUGCCGGCUCCCUAGCUCUCCCGGGAAGUGCAGCCUGGGCCCCAGCGUCGGAAGGGUUUAUUGUCCCACCUAACCUCGGAGGCCCUGCUGGUGCCAGGCAGACAACCGGCCAGGCCCUGGAGAGGUUCUGCAUGGUCUCUGGGAGUGAAGUCUUCUUGGCUGCAGGGAAGGCCUGGCCAAGGGGCACACUCGUGCUCUGUGAAUGGACACUAUAUAUGCAUGUGCACACACACACUCACACACACUCUUCCACAAGCGCGCACCCCACAGACAUGGAGCCGGGCAGCGUGUGCCUUACUUAGACAUCUCGGGAAAGAGAUGGCCAGUCUGGGUGGCCCUGGAAGUGGCUGCCCUUGGGCCCUCCAAGCCCUACUGGCCUCCUCACCUGCAGGCUCCCUGAGCCCUCGUUCCCCGCCCUCCUCCAGAGGUUCACUUCUCAGCCUUUUUAAAGAUCCCCCGGUCUUGGAAGAAACUUUUGGUUCAGCUUCAGUUGGAAGCUUUGUCUCGGUGGUGAGAGCUCCCGCCUGUCCACGUUGGCGGCGCCAGCCAUCUGAAUGUGGCCCGCCCCUGCCCACGCGGCUACAGCCACACCAUCCCGUUCAGGACCCUGGUCAGCUCCCGGAGCCCAGGCCCUCCAGGGGCCAGGAAGGCAAAUGAUGUUGUUUUUUUGGAAGGCUCCUCUUUCUGAAGCUGAGCUGUGGCAUCUCUCAGGGAAAUGCCUUCCUCAACACAGCCGGGAGGCAGUCCCUGCCCUCCCCGCGCCUGCCUCUGAGGCUGUGCUUUCAGAAUCUUCCACUGGGAGCCCAGCAUCCCCAAUUGUGGUGGGAUUCUGGAGCAAAGGCUCACCUGGCGAAAAUCUCUCCAGCCAGCUCAAAUCUGUGGAGGGGUCAGAGAGUGGCUGGCUCAGCCACCAGCUCCAGGGAUCCCGGCUACCCCGGUCCUGCCCAGGUGGGCUUCUUUGGGGUCAGACCAGGUGCCUCUCACCUUUACCAGUCACCUCUAAGGCAGGAGCUGGAAUUGGGAGUGGGUGUGGGUCCAGGGCUGGGCUGCUCUGAAUAAUCUGAGAGCUCCUUGGGGACACCCCUACCUAAGAACCUUGCUUUCUUGAUCCCGAAGUAAUUCGAUCCUA